AUGGCAGCUACGCAGAUCAUCGCGCGUUUAACAGCUACAAUCGAUACCGGAAAACAGUUCGGCACUAGUUCCAAGAAGUUCUUCACCGUCAUCGUGCCGAUUGGCCUCAUGUUCACCGGCAGCUUGAUCUUCAAUAAUCUGCCUUACCUUACGCUCAAUGUGGCCUUUAUUCAGAUGAUCAAGUCACUCGGCCCUGCAACGAUAGUCUUUGCACUUUACACACUUCGCCUAGCGACUCCAUCUUCCAAGGAGUGUGUCGCCAUCAGUUUGAUAAUUGGGGGCUUCCUACUGUGCAUCUUGGGCGAAAUCAGAUUUUCACUGAAGGGAACGACGUAUCAAGUGUUGGGGCUUUUGUUUGAGGCAUACCGCGGCGGGUUGACGCAGAAGUGCUUUACCCAGGAGGAGCGGUUAGACCCGCUUGCCUUUCUCUACUAUUUUGCCCCAGUAUCGACACUCGCGGUUGGAACAGUUGCGGCGGCGACUGAGUGGCAGGGCGAUACCUGGGGCCAGACUGGCGAGGUUUGGAGCCAUAUCCGUGCAGUACACCCAACCAUCUUCAUCGCAAACGGUGCUAUGGCAUUUUCCCUCAAUAUUGUGAUCACAGCUCUGCUCAAACGGACCGGUGCGUUGACGAUACCAUUGCUCGGCCUAGUACGAACUGUUCUGGUCAUGGUAGGCUCUGUGUUAGUUUGGAGCACCGUUGUCACACCUCUGCAGAUGUUAGGUUUCUUCGUCACCGUCAAUGGUCUGGUCUGGUACUAUGUACUGAAGGGUCGCAAGAGUUAG